GUUGAGGACGAGCUCAAGCAUCGCAAGAAGCAGGGCACCUUCAAGGGCAGCUUCUCGCCAGUUUGCCAGUUCUUGGGCUACCAGGCCCGCUGCUCAGUUCCCUCGGAUUUCGACAGCGACUAUGCCUAUGCACUAGGCGGUUGCGCGGCAAUCCUGACGUCCAGAGGGCACAACGGGUACAUGGCAGUGGUGUCCGACCUAGCCCAGCCAACUGAGCGCUGGCAUGUUGGAGGCGUUCCCUUCACGGCGAUGCUGCAGGUGCCACCCACCAUGCCGAAAGAAUCCUUCCGGCCGCGACCGGGCAUCUUCCCCCACAAG